GGGGACGACUAUUAUUCGACUUCCUUCCUUUAGAAAGAGUUAGUCAAAAUGAGCGGAAGAGGCAAAGGUGGUAAAGGACUCGGUAAAGGAGGCGCUAAGCGCCACCGUAAAGUCCUCCGUGAUAACAUCCAGGGCAUCACCAAACCCGCCAUCCGACGUCUGGCUCGCCGUGGCGGAGUGAAGCGUAUCUCUGGCCUGAUCUAUGAAGAGACCCGUGGGGUGCUCAAGGUCUUUCUGGAGAACGUUAUCCGCGAUGCCGUCACUUACACCGAGCACGCCAAGAGAAAAACUGUGACCGCCAUGGAUGUGGUCUAUGCGCUCAAGAGGCAGGGCCGCACCCUGUAUGGCUUCGGAGGCUAAAUCUGGUUCCUUAUCCUUAAAACACAAAGGCUCUUUUCAGAGCCA